CCCUACUCACACAGUGACAUAUUGAAAAAUGCGAAACGAGAUUGUUCUUCAAAUGCAACUUUAACACAGAAACCUGCACAAAAUAUCUUUAGAUACACUAAAACUAUGGCUAGAGGGUUCAUUGACUGUCACUGUCACAUAUCAGCGAGUGAGUUUACCACGGACACUGAUGAUGUACUUUUGAGAGCUAAAAAGACCGGACUGAAAGCUCUUGUUGCAGUGACAGAGGGAGCCAGUGAGUUUGAGAAAGUUAUUCAGUUGUCAAAAAUAUAUCCAGGUUUUGUGUUCCCCUGUUUUGGCAUUCAUCCUCUUCAAGGAUCAGGGCAAGAUCUGCACAGUGUAAAGGUUCAGGACCUGGAGCCGUUCCUUCAUUUGUUCCAGACGUACAAGGAUAAUAUUGUUGCAAUUGGGGAGAUUGGUCUUGAUUUUACCCCAUGGUACGCAAGCACUACUCAAGAGCGUGAUGAACAAAUGAAAGUCUUUACAAAACAACUUGAAAUAUCAAAAGAACUGGAUUUGCCAGUGAAUGUACAUUCCCGCUCAUCAGCUAAGGUCACCAUAGCCACAAUGAAAGAACUAGGGAUUAGACAAGCAUUAUUGCAUAAUUUUGCUGGGAAGCCAUCGGUUGCAAUGGAAGGGGUUCAGGCUGGAUUCUACUUCUCUUUUCCGCCUGCUGUCAGCAAAAACGAACAGAGAGCAAACCUUAUCAGACAGAUUCCACUGGAGCACGUUUGCCUUGAGACAGACUCUCCAGCCUUGGGACUUGACAAACAUGUUAGAAAUGAGCCCAGCAAUAUUGCAAUCUCAAGUGAGUACAUCGCAAAGGUAAAAGGGGUAUCAUCAGAUGUAGUUAUGGAAGUCACCACACAAAAUGCCCUUCGGUUAUUUUCCAAGUUAAAAGUCUAAAUUUAUCCCACUUUCAGUUAAAACUGGGCAUUUUUAUGCAAAGGUGAGCACCUGGUAUGUAUUUGGACAUAUUGAAAAUGAACUGAUCAGUUAGAAACUCUUCAAUAUUUAAUCAGUAAGAAAGUGUUCAAUCUUUGAAAAUGUAGUGUGUGUCUUUUUUCAUCAAUUGGUAUUGUUGUUUCUUUUAUUAUUUGAACUACUGUACGAUCGCCAGCAGUUUAACUCUCAUAGAUCGCUGGAGAACAUUCAUUUUUACGUGGUCUACAAUUCUGCCACCAUAAAGAACUACAAAUCCCAUCAAGCACUACACACACACACCUGUUCCAAGUUUCUGUUGAUUGCACACACAGGGCUGGGAGCUGCUCAUAAACUGAUUAGAUAGAUUACUUAUACAGCACACAAACACACAGACUUGAGUCUUGUUUAUCUGUGAAGUUAAAAUUGCGAUGCAUUUUCCUAGUCCUGUUUUUCCGUUGCAGACCUUCUGUUUGUUUGUUUGUUUGUUUGUUUGUUUGUUUUGUUUAUGUUGUUAGCCUCCUGGAUCGACCACUCGCCUGUUUAUUGACUUUUCUUUUGGAUUUGCCUGCAUGUUAUGUUUGAUCGUGAUAGUGAUCAUUGCCUGCCUGACCAAUCUCUGUAUAAUAAAUCCUGCAUUUGAAUCCGCAACUCAGUUGUUAGUGUCUCCCGUGACAGAAGACUCAGCCAAGAUGUGUGUGUGAUCAACAGAAAACUGAAACAGGUGUGUGUGUGGUGCAUGAUGUUAUUUGUAGUUCUUCAUGGUGGCAUAAUUUUAGUCCAUGUGAAAGUGAAUGUUCUCCAGCGAUCUAUGAGGGUUAGACCGCUGGUGACCGUGACACAUGGAAUGUCUUGUUUCUUUGUAAAUUGCUUUAAUUUAUAAAAAAUAUAGUUUAAAAACUGACUUUUUUAGUGUCUUAUUUGUGAAUAAAUUUAGAUUGUGUAAAUAAAUAGCUCACCUGUAUGAUGUAUUUUAAUAAAAAUGUGUUUUAUCCAUCUACUUAAA